AUGUUCGACCUUGAGUUUGUUGGCGUCCUGAGCCAGGCCACUUACAGCUGUUUCUGUUGCAGUUUCCCCCAGUCUUGGUUGCAGUUCGGCCAAAACUAUUUCAAAACUGAACUGUGUGAUUUGGUGUACCAGUGGGUUGGAGGAAUCCCUCCGAUUGCAGGAAUCUUUCAGACCUGGAAUUGCGAUAUUUUGGAACCAGUGGAGCUGAAGGAAACCAAAUCGGUAACAAAGGAGAGCAGGCGAAGCAGGAAAGGGUUUUCUGUGUCUUUAUUUGGUCCUGUUAGUGACAAUAACCUAAGGAGUGGAUCAGCCUCUUUCAUCAACUCAGCAAGCAGUAGUAGGAGACGCAAGAGAAUCUUGCCAGGCAGCAGGGUUCAGACCCCCCGAGGUACAAAAAUCCCAUCCAACGACCUGUUUGGAAAAAUGAUUGACAACGAUCUCUGUCCGGUUUAUAACAAUUCUUCAUUCAUCAUCACUUCUGGCAGUAUCCAAGAGAACGAGAAGAUCAGCAUUGGCCGAGCAGCAACCAACGUCUCAAAAUGGAGAGACGAGGACAACGCAAUCCCUUACUCACAGUCCUAUCCGAUAGAAUACGGGCCUGAAUUCAUGAAGGAUAAGUUUAAUUUGUUCGGGCUCAGCCCUCUCGUUCAGAACUUCCUCCAAAAGUAUCACCUGGAGCCCCUGUCUGGAAUGAACAUCUAUGUAACACGGACUGCGAUCAAGGGGCUGCCAAAAUCUGAACUCCUGACGUAUCACGACGUGAUCGAAGAGGGCUUCAGGAAGCUGUUCACACUGAAGUUGGUGAAGAACAACCUGUACCAACAACAGAUCAAGGGGCUGGCGAUGUUUAACCGCAAGCUCAUAGAAGAACACGAGGCAUUUAAAAGGAGGGAAGCAGAUCUGCAAGCAAAGAAGAAAGAAGUGAAAACCACGUGCCCAUUCCAUCCCAAGGGGGAGUCAUCGGCUUUGGUUAAUAUGUCGGCGACAACGGUUUUGAGCUCCUGGAAAUGAAUCCUCAACGAUGAUGUGGGGGGGGUGGGCUUCUAGUUGGGUGGCCAAACCCAGGCUUGCCCCUCUCCUCAGUGUAACAGCUCCCCCACCCACCCACGUUGUGGCAUCCCCCCACCACCAUACAAUGUCUGAUGUUCUCAGAGGCGAGCCUUUCAAAUAAAGUUGGGGCGAAAUAUUCUAUCACCCAAUCGUCACAGCAAUGGACA